AUGCCCAUGGUCAGUUCAACACGGAGGAAGAUCAGCUAUGUCAUCCCCCUCCCAGGCGCGCGUCCGGGACAUCUGUUGCCGGUGAAUGCUCUGGCGGUUGAUACCUUUUCUGCUGUGGUGCUCUAUAGUGCUGGACGGGAUGGGAAGCUUAUUCAGUGGGACCUUGGCUUGGAUCAGGAGGAGCAGGAUGGUGGGGAGGACGAGGAGUAUGUCAGCGUGCAUCGACCACGGGAACCGAUGGCGAGUAUGACCAAGUAUCGAGCACAAGUCGAUGCGCAUACACACUGGGUCAACGAUAUCGCGCUCGUGUCACAAAACACUGCGGUCGUAUCCGCGUCGAGCGAUACACUUGUCAAGAUAUGGAGACCGGAGGAGAAUCGCGUGGAUACGCUCGGACACCAUACUGACUACGUUAAAUGCCUCGCUUCUGCUGGUCCUUCGUGUGACUGGAUCGCGAGUGGUGGACUUGAUCGGAGAGUGAUGUUAUGGGAUUUGAAUGGGUAUGGCGAGAAGACCCGGAUUGACCUCGAUGCGGCGGGGGGUGGGCCGAAGGGGAGUGUGUAUGCCCUUGGGGCUGGGGGUGGGGUUAUCGCGAGUGGUGGACCGGAGCGGGUCGUUAGGUUAUGGGAUCCUAACUCUGGAAAACGGAUUGCCAAGUUGGUGGGGCAUACAGAUAAUGUCCGCUCCGUCCUCGUUAGUCAUGAUGGUCGUACGAUCUUGACCGCAUCGAGUGAUUCGACGUGUAGGAUUUGGGAUGUGGGGAGUGGACGGUGUCAGAACACGCUCACUAUGCAUUCUGAUUCAGUGUGGAAACUCUACUCGGAACAUCCCGACCUGAAGCUUUUUUACUCAGCGGAUAAGAGUGGGUAUGUCGCACGGACUGAUGUGAGAAAUGUCGCGGAUCCGGAGUAUGGGACUUGUGUUGCGAUUUGUCAGGAGGGUGCGGGUGUUAAUGGUUUGGUUUGUGCGAAUGACUAUAUCUGGACUGCGACGGCUGAUUCGUCCGAUAUUCGCCGCUGGGAGGAUUAUGAUUUGUCAAGUGAGCGGGAAAGGGAUUACCUGUCCGUGAACGAGAAUGGAAAUGGGCAUACGCCGAGUCGGACGCCGACGUCGCCAUCCGUGCCAAGGAGUGCGUUGUUACCGUUGACCUCUACCGGGCACUUUGCUUUUGCCACGACUGGAUCGCGCGAUCCAGAGGUGUCGACGAUGUACUCCGCCGCAUCCGUCGUCAGCAUCCCCCAAUACAUGAACCACCAAGACGACCCCUCCAUCCUCCCCAUCCGCUCCACCCCCACCGAAACCAUCCAUGGCCAACACGGCCUCAUAAAACACCACCUCCUCAACAACCGCCGACACGUCCUCACCCUCGACACCUCCUCCGAACUCGCCCUCUUCGACAUCGUGAAAUGCCAGCUCGUUAAACAGCUUGGAAAAGGGAAUUUAGAGGAGAUGGUCGCGAAGUUGCAGACGACGGAUAGUAUUGUUAGUUGGUGUAGUGUUGAUACGAGGGUUGGGAAUAUGUGUGUUACGUUGGAUGAGAGGACGUGUUUUGAUGCGGAGAUUUAUGCGGAUGAGGUUGAGGGGGUUGAUGGGAUCGAGUUUAGGGAGGAUCAGAGAAUUAACUUGGGGAAGUGGGCGUUGGUUAACCUAUUCAAGGGGUUGAUCAAUACGGAGCUUGCACGGCAUGAGGAUUUCAUGAAUGGAUUACGCGCGAAACAGCAGGAACUCGAGGAACGGAAACAAUCGUCGAAACGUGCGAAUGCGCCAUCGUUCAUCCCUAUCGAGCAGAACCCGAUGGCGAACUGGGAAACACAGGGUUCGGAGGUACAGACCCCAAGGCCGCUCAGGAUCGCGAUUCCGACACCGGGGAUGAAGAUUGGGUUGGCGACUCCGGCACCGACCUAUGCGGGUAGUCCGCAGCGGAAGAGUAUGCUACUGCCUGACUCGACGACUGGGAAAUCAGGAGCAGGGUAUAGCGUCGGUACGCCAAGUUUGCCAGCGAGUUUACCACCUGCGACCACUCGUGCACGACCGAGUUCAUCGUCAGGUGCGACGGCGUUAAAGUCCCCAGGCUCCCCGAUGACGAAGAUGGAUUACUUUUCGUCUGCGCAUUAUAGUAGCUCGGCACCUGGUUCCCCGGCAGUAACGCCCGGCGGAACGAGAACCAGUACGCCCGAAGCGACGACGGCGACGACACCAGGUGGUUCGCGACUCUUGCGGAUGUUUGGUGGGAAGAAGAGGGAGGGAUCGGUUUCUGAAGGGAAAGGUGAGAAGAAUGGAAAGGGCCUCGGACCUACGUCCGCACCGAGCGCGAGUGUGUCGCAGACGCCGGUACCAGAACCAUCGACGCCUUCGUUCCCGUCGGAGACGCCAAUACCAUCUGGUGCUGCGACUCCGGUCGAGGCGGACGGGUUUGAGGACGUGUUGUUGGGCGUUGUCAGGAGGAUUCGGAGACAGGUUGAACAGAGUUUGCUUCGCGACGAAGGACAGAUUCAGAACGUGAUGUCGAUUAGUCUUCCAAGUGAGACGCCACCGUUUUUGCCGCCUUCUGAUACGAUGAUCGUCAUUAAAGAGGAACGACCUGAUAUGGGUGCGCCUGUUGAUCUAUUUCAUGGGACGGUUGCGACGGUGGGUGAUACCGCUCAUGUGGAUAUGCUUGAGCAAGUUGCACCCGCGUGGUUGGGUGAUGUGUUACUGCUAAACAAGAUCCCAUUGAAGGAUAUCGUCAAGAUCCCAUUCGUGUUGCAUCCAUCGGACGACAGCGCGUUGUCAGAACUACCAACAGGCAACGCACGACUUAACGCGAACCGCAUGCUCCGUGUCCGAAAGAUCCUCGCAUAUGUCGCGGAACGCAUCGACAAUAAUGAGCGCCCACCGACGGCUAUCGACAAGCCUGUCGAGGAUUGGCUAGAGUUACUCUGUAAUGGUGAGGUACUGCCGAUAACGAUGACCCUUGCGUCGGUUAGGACGGCAGUGUUUAAGCAGGGUGGUGAUGUGCAGUUUCAGUAUAGGUUACGGAGAAGUUCAUGA